AUGGGCAGCGCGGAGGACGCAGUCAAAGAGAAACUGCUAUGGAACGUGAAAAAGGAGGUGAAACAAAUCAUGGAAGAGGCUGUCACCAGGAAGUUUGUGCAUGAAGAUAGCAGCCACAUCAUUGCUCUGUGUGGUGCAGUUGAGGCUUGCCUCUUGCAUCAGUUGAGACGUCGUACUGCUGGCUUCUUGCGCAGUGACAAGAUGGCAGCCCUAUUCACCAAGGUGGGGAAGACGUGCCCAGUGGCUGGGGAGAUUUGCCACAAGGUACAAGAGCUACAGCAACAAGUAGAGGGCAGGAAACCCUCAGGGGGCAGCCAGGAGGCCCUGCGGAGACAGGGCUCCACCAGCGGGAAGGCCCCUGUCCUCAGCCCACAAGCCUUGAAACACAUAUGGGUACGCACAGCGCUGAUCGAGAAAGUUCUGGACAGGGUUGUGCAGUACCUGUCGGAAAACUGCAGCAAGUACUACGAGAAAGAGGCCUUGCUGGCAGACCCUGUAUUUGGCCCGAUCCUGGCUUGUCUUCUAGUGGGACCCUGUGCCUUGGAAUACACUAAGCUCAAGACAGCUGAUCACUACUGGACUGACCCGUCUGCUGAUGAGCUUGUCCAGAGACACCGUAUCCGGGGUGCCCCUAAUCGCCAGGACUCCCCUGCAAAGCGUCCAGCCCUAGGGAUCCGUAAGCGGCACUCAAGUGGCAGCACAUCGGAGGACAGGCUGGCUGCCUGCGCCCGUGAGUAUGUGGAGUCCCUGCACCAGAACUCGAGGACACGGCUGCUCUAUGGCAAGAACAACGUGCUGGUGCAGCCGAAGGAGGACAUGGAGGCUGUCCCUGGCUACCUUUCCCUGCACCAGUCAGCAGAGAGCCUAACUCUGAAGUGGACCCCCAACCAGCUUAUGAAUGGGACUCUGGGGGACUCCGAGCUGGAAAAGAGUGUUUAUUGGGAUUAUGCCCUGGUGGUGCCCUUCAGUCAGAUUGUCUGCAUCCACUGCCACCAGCAAAAGAGCGGUGGCACGCUUGUGCUGGUGAGCCAGGAUGGCAUCCAGAGGCCACCACUGCACUUCCCACAGGGAGGACACCUGUUGUCCUUCCUGUCCUGUCUGGAGAAUGGGCUGCUGCCUCGAGGACAGCUAGAGCCCCCGCUGUGGACCCAGCAAGGGAAGGGAAAGGUGUUCCCCAAGCUACGGAAACGAAGCAGCAUACGCUCUGUGGAUGUGGAGGAGACAGGCUUGGGGCGCACUGCAGACUACGUGUUCCGGAUCAUCUACCCUGGGCACAGGCAUGAGCACAUCACUAUUAACUACCACCACCUAGCGGCCAGCCGGGCGGCCUCGGUGGACGAUGAUGAGGAAGAGGAGGAUAAACUACACGCGAUGCUCUCAAUGAUCUGCUCGCGGAACCUCACAGCUCCCAAUCCGAUGAAAGAUGCUGGUGACAUGAUCGAGAUGCAGGGCUUUGGACCCAGCCUGCCAGCCUGGCACCUGGAGCCCCUGUGUGGUCAGGGCUCCUCCUGCCUCUCCUGUUCCUCCAGCAGCUCCCCAUAUGUGACCCCUAGCCAUUGCAGCUGUGUUCCUGACCGGUUGCCCCUCAGGCUACUGUGUGAGAGCAUGAAGAGGCAGAUUGUGUCCCGGGCCUUCUAUGGCUGGCUGGCAUACUGCCGCCACCUGUCUACGGUGCGGACCCACCUGUCAGCGCUGGUGCAUCACAACAUUAUCCCACCUGACCGGCCCCCCGGGGCCUCAGGAGGCCUCACCAAGGAUGUGUGGAGCAAGUAUCAGAAGGACAAAAAGAACUACAAGGAGCUGGAGCUGCUGCGGCAGGUUUACUAUGGAGGUGUGGAGCAUGAGAUCCGCAAGGACGUCUGGCCCUUUCUGCUUGGCCACUACAAGUUUGGCAUGAGCAAGAAGGAGAUGGAGCAGGUGGAUGCAGUGGUGGCAGCAAGGUACCAGCAGGUGUUGGCGGAGUGGAAGGCCUGCGAGGUGGUGGUGAGGCAGCGCGAGCGGGAGGCUCACCCAGCCACACUCACCAAGUUCUCCUCGGGCAGCAGCAUCGACAGCCACGUGCAGCGCCUCAUCCACCGAGACUCCACCAUCAGCAAUGAUGUGUUUAUCUCUGUGGAUGAGCUGGAGCCCCCAGGGCCCCAGGGACCUGAAGAUUCCAGACCAAGGCCUGACCAGGAACUGGGAGCCGAGACCCCGGGCACGGCCGUGGUGGAGCAGCAGCAGUCAGUGGAGUUUGACUCUCCGGACUCAGGACUGCCAUCUUCUCGCAAUUACUCUGUGGCCUCGGGCAUCCAGUCGAGCCUAGAUGAGGGGCAGAGUGUGGGCUUCGAAGAGGAAGACGGCGGUAGGGAGGAAGGGUCCAGUGAGCCGGUCCCUGCAGCCCACACUUUCUCCGAGCCCCAAGAUCCCAACCAGGAGAAGGCUUCUCCGGCCAGAGAGCUGGAGGCAGGAGAGGAGCUUGCAGCUGUGUGUGCUGCUGCCUACACUAUAGAAUUAUUGGACACUGUGGCCUUAAAUCUGCACCGCAUAGACAAGGAUGUGCAGAGAUGUGACCGCAACUACUGGUACUUCACGUCCCCCAACCUCGAGAGACUCCGAGACAUCAUGUGCAGCUACGUGUGGGAGCACCUGGACGUGGGCUAUGUGCAGGGCAUGUGUGACCUGCUGGCACCUCUCCUGGUCAUCCUCGACAAUGAUCAGCUGGCCUACAGCUGCUUCAGCCACCUCAUGAAGAGGAUGAGCCAGAACUUCCCCAAUGGGGGUGCCAUGGACACCCACUUUGCCAAUAUGCGGUCUCUCAUCCAGAUCCUGGACUCAGAGCUGUUUGAGCUGAUGCAUCAGAAUGGAGACUACACCCACUUCUACUUCUGCUACCGCUGGUUCCUGUUGGAUUUUAAGAGAGAGCUGCUGUACGAGGAUGUGUUUGCUGUGUGGGAGGUGAUCUGGGCGGCCAAGCACAUCUCGUCAGAGCACUUUGUCCUGUUCAUCGCCCUUGCCCUGGUAGAGGCCUACCGAGAGAUUAUCCGCGACAACAACAUGGACUUCACUGACAUCAUCAAGUUUUUCAAUGAACGGGCUGAGCGUCACGAUGCCCAGGAGAUCCUGCGGAUUGCCCGGGACCUCGUCCACAAGGUGCAGAUGCUCAUAGAGAACAAGUGAGAGCUGCAGCUGUUGUGUAGAGCUUGGGCGCCAAGCCCCUGGGCUACAGGAGUGAGAGGGCCAGGGGUGUCACAGCCCUGACUGCCCUGACCUCCAGCUGACCCUGCCUAUCCAACGGUGUUCCUAACAAAGUGAUUGUGAGCCUAGGAUUGGACUCCAGGCAUUGCUUGCCUUGGAGGGCAAGUCAGGGGCCAGGAUGCCCUCACACCAGGGCAGGGAUAGGAGGGGUCGGCCUCAGGGAGCAGCUGCCUUGGGGAACAUCUACUCUGCUCCCCUCCCAAAUAUCUGGGAAUAGCCCCACUGCCACCUGUAGCCUCAGGCCGGACUGUUCCCCAUGAGUCAACCUGGGGCCCUAUAAAGUUAGCAGGGGCUAUUAUGGCCUGGGCCCUCCCUGGCAAGGGUUGUGUGGGGGAAGGGUUCUGCACUUGCUCUUCUGGGAGUCCCUUUGCAGUCUGGUGCACUGCGUGCACACCAGACGCGCUUGGGGCAGCCUGAGCAGCUGCCAGUUCAGCCAUGUGUGCAAGAGACCUGGGUACCUUCCAGGCCCUCCCCUGAGAUUCUGGGGCAGUUAGAAGAUGUGGGCCCUGGGUGGGAGCAGCCCACCUCAGCAGCACUGCCACUGCCACUCCCCACUCUGUACAGUGCACCCAUGUGUGUCUGUACAGUCUCACUCUUGCCACCCUGCCCUGGCUGUAUGCAAUAGAUACUGCCCUGGAAACUAUAAGGAUGCUCUUGCCAGUUGGAUGAUCUGGAAUAGGGUCGGAGCACGUGCUCUUGAGAGGAAUCACAGAGCAGUUCUGUAGGAAAGCACUUCUGUCACAGUUCCUCUCAGGGACAGGCCUCAGAGCUUCAGGGCAGCCUAUUGUCUGUCCCAGGCAUCUGCUGAGUCCCUGGGGCUGCAGGAGGUGGGGCAUGCCUGGGUCUCCCGUGACUGUCCCUGGUGGGAAGCAAGGCUGGCUCUGCCUUCCAUAUGCUUCUUGGGAUGCCCGAGAGGCCUAGGAACUCCUUGAAGAAGCUACGUUCACACGGGUGCCAGGAAGGGCAUACCUCUUGAUCCCAGGCAUGCUGCUUGCUCUGUCAUCGCAUUUUCCCUCCACCCCAACACAUGCAGGUGAGGCCUUACCCUGGGACUUGGAGGCUAUGCCAGGGCUGAGUCCUGUCUAGUAGUCGCCAGGGUCUGGCGGACUUCCUGCAUUUGAGAAACACGAGAAAGGGCCCAGCAGCCCUUCUGCAUCCAGCACAGCCUUUCCAGCCCUCACCUGCCCCUGGGCACUGCACAGCCUAUUUGGGGGCCAGCCCACCCCACGUGUCCAUACCUGUUGUCAUGAGUCCUUGGCCUCCACCAAGCACUGGUGGCCAUUUGUGUGCCUGCCUCAGUGACGCAGUGGUUUCGUGAGGAGCAGAGUGUGUAUGUUUUUUGGCUCAGAAACUAUACUCUUCAGUGUAACAGACUAAUAAACAUAGCAUUUGGCAACA